AUGGCGGCUUCACGCAAAGCCUCGGUCCUGACGAGACAGGAGAUUGGGAAACAGAUAGCAGAUGGAAGACAUAUCGUCAUCUUCGAAGGCAGAGUGCUCAAGCUAGAUGCCUGGUUGCAAUUCCAUCCAGGAGGUGAUAAAGCUAUCAAGCAUAUGGUUGGCAGGGAUGCUACCGACGAGAUAAAUGCGCUACACUCUGCCGCUGCAAAACAGCGGAUGAAGUCCUUCCAAAUCGGAAGAAUCGAGGGCGCAUGGGUCAACUUCCUCCCUCCAAUCCAGGGAGGAGAUUACACCGUAUACAACACGCAGGACGUAUCUGCCAUUGAAUCUGACGAUAGCUCGUCUGGUAACGGGCAAUCAAUUCCCCCUUCGCCGCUGUUCGAACCGGUCGAUAAAGAAAGAUCUGGCAUGAGACGACGAAGGUCCGUUUCCACAUCUAUUUCCUCCGUUGGAACAUCUUCCCCAAAAAGGACGGAUGCCGAAAUUAGGCCUUUCUUUCUCGACGCCAGGACCCAGCAGGAAAUCGCCUUUGACACGGCGAAAUACCCACCUGUUACUGCCGCCGAACAAGAGCGCAUCGUGCAGAAAUACCGCCAACUCUACGAUCGUCUCAGUGAUGAAGGAUUGUUUAAUUGUAACUAUUCGGCAUACAUGGUAGAAGUAUCUCGCUAUUUGUUACUCUUUGGGCUAUUUCUUUAUUUUUUGCGAUGCGGCUGGUAUGGCACGUCUGGCUUCUUCCUCGGAUGUACAUGGCACCAGCUGGUUUUUACCGUCCAUGAUGCUGGUCACAUGGGCAUCACUCACGGCUUCCACACUGAUACAGUUAUUGGGAUUAUCAUUGCAGAUUUUAUCGGUGGACUUAGCAUCGGCUGGUGGAAGAGAAACCACAAUGUACACCACAUCGUCACCAAUUCGCCAGAACACGAUCCAGAUAUCGAGCACAUGCCAUUCUUUGCCAUCUCACAUCGAUUGUUCGACAGCCUUCGAAGUACGUACUAUGAUCGUGUUAUGGAAUACGAUUCUGCGGCCAAAUUCCUCAUUAAAUACCAACAUUUACUCUACUAUCCGCUUCUCUGCUUUGGUCGCUUUAAUCUGUACCGUCUUAGCUGGGAGUACCUGAUUCUUGGCCAGGGCCCUCGUAAAGGCGCCGCCUGGUGGCAUCGCUGGCUUGAGAUUACCGGUCAUGUCUUUUUCUGGGCCUGGUUUGGCUAUGGGGUCUUAUACCUAAGUAUUCCCGACUGGAAAAACCGGCUUCUCUUCGUCAUGGUCAGCCAUAUGAUUACUGCACCGCUACAUGUACAAAUCACCCUGUCGCAUUUUGCCAUGUCAACCUCCGACAUGGGGGUCCAUGAGUCGUUCCCACAAAAGAUGCUUCGAACCACUAUGGAUGUUGAUUGUCCACAGUGGCUAGACUUCUUCCAUGGAGGCCUUCAGUUUCAAGCCGUGCACCAUCUUUUCCCGCGGUUGCCCAGACACAACCUCCGCAAGGCGCAGAAACUGGUCGUGGAAUUUUGCGAGGAAACGAAGAUCCCGUACGCUAUAUUUUCGUUCCUAGACGGUAAUAAGGAGGUUAUCGGCCAUUUGGGCGAUGUUGCUAGGCAAGCUCGAAUGCUGGCCGAGUGUCAAAAGUCAAUUGCUGAAAAGGGAAUAUUUUCGGACCACCAUCACUGA